AUGAUUCAUGCAUGUCGCAAUUAUUAUCAAGGGAAUGAAAGGGCAUUAAAAUCAAUUGAUGAAUUUGAAAAUUCUUAUACAAGUGAGAAUUGCAUUCAAUGGUAUACACGAGAGACGUUUGUCUAUAAAAUGUUAAAUAAAGCACUACGUACAGAAGAUAUUCAACAACUGUAUACUUUUCGCUUCUUUAUUGCUGAUCUGUCGUUGACCUUGGCACGUGAACACAAUAAAAUGAUGGUGGAGACUGAUAAUGAGAUAUUCACAACUGUCUAUCGUGGUGUACGAUUAACAUUGACUGAACUUGAAGAAUUUCGAUCCAAUGAGGGUAAACUCAUUUCCAUUAAUGGUUAUUUAUCCACAAGUCGUUCACGUUCCAUAGCAAUUAAUUUUGCUAUAAAGGAUAAAAAUCAGUCUGACUCUGUUCCAGUACUAUUUGAGAUUGAAUGUCGAAACGAAGAGGAAACGUCUUCUGUCUUUGCCGAUAUAACAAAUUUCAGUGAUUUUCCUGACGAACAAGAAGUAUUAUUUGACUUGGGUGCCGUUUUUAAAGUUCAAUCGGUUACUGAAGAAGAUGAUCUUUGGAAAAUUUCAUUGAGUGUAACAGGUGAAGGACAAGAAAUAGCUAGACAGUAUAUCGAAGAAACAAAGAAUGAAAUGCAAGGAAAUAGUGUAUCAAUAUUAUUUGGAUCACUAUUGACUCGGAUGGGUCACUAUCAGGCAGCUCAAACUUAUUUUCAACAAUUAUUAAGAGAGCCUGGAAAUGAAAAUCUUGCAUAUAUCCAUAAUCAACUUGGCCUAGUAUGUCAGGCCAAUGCUGAAUAUGAGCAAGCUAUGCAUCAUUUUGAUGUAGCCUAUCAACUGAUGAGAAAAUCCCAUCCAUCUUUGCUUCGAGAAUCCACACAUAUAUUACGUAACAUGAGCCAUGUUUUAGUUGAACAAGGUCAAUAUGAGGAAGCGCUUAAGUACUGUAAUAGAGCAAAACAAAUAUUGGAAGAAUUUAAUGAUUUGUGUCAACUCGAAAUGGCUCAUUGUCUGCAUAAUAUUGGAUCGUGUUAUCGAGGACUACGCAAGUAUCGUGAAGCACUGAAUUAUUAUGAACAAGCAUUGAAUAUCAAGCGAGCUUGUUUACCUAAAAUUCAUGUUCACAUUGCUGAAACUGUAAAUUCAAUCGGUGUCGUUCAUCUAAUGACCAAAGAUAGUGAAAAAGCAUUCAAUUUUUUUCUUUCAUCUUUUCAAAUCUAUGAAGCAUGUUUACCCGAAGAUCAUUCUGAUAUCGCUAAUGUUCUUCAUAAUAUUGCAGAUGUUUAUCAGACUAAAAGUCAACAUGAAAAAGCUCUCAAUCAUUAUUAUCUGGCACUAGCUAUGAAAAAAAAGUGCUUUCCUUCAGAUCAUCCAGCAAUUGCUGCAACUCUUAAUAGUAUCUCUACCGUUCUCAGCGCGAAAGGAGAAAAGGUGAAAGCCCUAGAACUGUGUUUGCAAGCGUUAAAAAUGCGUGAACGAGUAUUGCCCUUUGAUCAUCCUGAUCUUGCAAUAAGUUUCAGUAGUGCAGGACAUAAAUAUGAAGCAAUGGAAGAGAAUCAACUUGCUUUAGAAUAUUUUGAGAAAGCAUGGAAAAUUCGGGCAAAAAUUUUUCCAGAAGAUGACCCAGCGCGUAAAAGAUCAGUAAGACAUGUAGUCCGUAUGAAAUGGAAAACAACUUGA